AUAUAUCGAACAAAAAAAAUUCAUCGGAAUUUGUUCAGCUUUUAGCUGUUUACCCUAAGAAAAUUGCAAUAAAAGUGAUAUAUUCUUAUUGAAACAACGAUUUAGAGUUGUGCAAGUUAAAUUGCUAGUUGUUAAGUGAUGGCGCAAACAAUAGAUGUGGCCUGCGUCAAGGAGGAGCAGUGUGAGGCCAUUUGUAAUAUGUUCAAGAAUCAGGAUUGGCAAUUGACGAUGCGACACAGAGAUUUGGGCCUGGUCAAGAUCGAGCAGGACAUGAGUUUUGUGUGGCAAAGCAGCGCCAAUGCCAGCAGCACUGACAAUAAACAGCGGCAAGCAGCAGAGAAACAAACAGUGAAAAAAUUUCAGACAGGCAGCGAAAAGCCCUUCAAAUGCGCCCACUGUCCCAAGGAUUUCGCAACUAGCAGCAAUCUCAAGGUGCAUCUCACACGCACACACUCUGGCGAUCGCGAGCGACCCUUCCUCUGUCCCACCUGUCCGAAAUCGUUUGCGACGAAUGACAACCUGCAGAAGCACAUACGCAGGCACUCGAACGAGAGGACACUCAGUUGCCCACACUGCCCGAAGCUCUUUGCUACCAAGGACAACCUGCAGAAGCACAUCCGUCGACACUCCAGCGAAAGGACGCUCAUAUGCCCGCACUGUCCCAAGGCCUUUGCCACCAAUGACAAUCUACAGAAGCACAUCCGUCGCCACUCGAGCGAGAGGACCCUAAAUUGUCCGCACUGCCCGAAGGCGUUCGCAACCAACGAUAAUUUGCAGCGACACAUACGCGGACACACGGGCGAACGGCCAUUCAAGUGCCCCUAUUGCCCCAAGCCCUUCGCCCAAAAUCGUGAUCUCAAAGCGCACAUCCUGGAGCACACGGGCGAGAAGCCCUACAAGUGCCCCCACUGCCCCAAGGCGUGCGUGCGCAGCGAGGGCUUGAAGAAGCACAUUCUGCGCCUGCACAAAGACAUUGAGCCAGAGCCGACGCAGACGACAGCCAAGCAUUGGCAAACCGACAAAACUUUUGCUGCGGGCGCGAAUGGACGCGUCUUCAUGUACAAAUACGAUCUGAGCAAACAAACACGAAUGCCCACAGGCGAGGCGUAAGAGCGCCAUAGACCGAACCAUCUCUUGCUCCACACAAUGGAGCGACAACUAUUUAAAGCGAACUAGAGAAUUAUUGCCAGGAGCACACGAAAAACCUCAUCGCCAGCUUAGAAAAUGGGAGUAACCAGAGCGCAGACUUGGCAAAAUUAAUAUAAAACCUAAACAUUUACCAUGUAGCUUUUAUAGCCAGCGAGAUCGAA